AUGACUUCAACUAAGCUCAAAAUCGGUCUCACCAACAGUGCCCGUCCAUCUAGCAGUGACCACAAGCCACCAGGCGGUGGUCAAACCAAUAUUUUCGGAGACGUCGAUACCCAAGUCAAUGUACCACGUCCCAAAUACAAGCAAAAGAAUUCUUCCAACAUGAAUGUGUGCAUGAAUUCGGAAGAACCAAACAAAGUUGUUAAAAAAAUUCGCGAGGAAUUGACCAAUAAAUCGUCAGAAGUAGAAAAUACAUCCUCACAGCCCAAAAAGUCUCCAGCACCGGAUGUCUCACCGUCUACCAACGACAGUCAGCAAUCGAAGGGCAGAAUUGGACCAGGUGGCUUCUCAUCAGGCGAAUUCUGGUAA